CUUGAAAGCCGGGCGAAGAAAUCCGCGCAGUUUGAAAAAACGAGGCUCUGCAGUGAGAACAAAUCAGAGCAGCAAAAGCAGAGUUUAGAGUUCCUGAAAUGCCUCGCCGGGGCCGCAAAUCAACUAAAUCUGUUUCCGCCCAACCUCCGCUUAUUCCACCCAAAGGCCUGUCGGAUCAAUCAGCUGAUGAAACUUCUUCGGUGGACUACGUUGCCCUAAAAAGGGCUGAGCUCCAACAGCUUUGUAAGAAGUUGGGUCUCCGUGCCACAGGAAAGAAUGCUGAACUUGUGGAAAGACUGAAAGCUUAUCAUGGAGAGCCUCGACAGAAAACAGCAGGUGAUUGUGGUGCAAAGAAAGGAGCAAACGAGAAUGAAGAGUGUCAGCCCAAUCCCAAGGCCCUUCCAGAAAUCCCCUGUUUGGAUGUGACCAGAGAUGUAAAAACUGAGCCCUCUGAAAAGAAAACAGGUAUGAUCCGGGGUUGGUGUGUGGUUCAUGGGAUGGUGCUGCACCGCCCCCCAUCAAACUGGGUUCCUCUGCUGCUCCAAAGAGGCUUGGUUUGGGUCCAGGACGGAAAAGACCUCGUUCCCUUUCACCUGCGCCCACUCAACAUCCCUGUCCCGGAGGGCCUGUCGGACAACUACAUCUGCAGAGACUGUGUGAUCAGGAACCGAGAGAAACCCAAGCGAUGUCUCCUGUGCCAGCAAGGACCAGGGAAAGAUAAUGGGACCUGCUUGUCCCAGAAUGCCUCAAGGAGCCUGAGCCCUGUUCAGAACGGUGUGUCUCAGCUGUCGUUCCUUGCAACUGAUGCCUCUAAAGAUAAAAGACGGACGACAGAGAUUAGGAAAUUGUACCAGCCCCAAGAAGACCAGGCUUAUGCCCAGCGGGUAGAUGGGGUCCUUUCCCAGAUGGCCCGUGGAGAGGUCGGAAUGGACCAAGCUUUGCGCCCCCUCCAGCCCCUGGUUUUCCAUUCCCCGGCUCCUUUUGAUAAGAUGUAG